AUGGGCAAGAACGACGACUGGCCGGAGGUCGACCAGCCAUUCGAAACUGAGGAUGAAGACCUCUGUCCCCUCUGCAUGGAAGAACUGGACAUCUCCGACCUCAACUUCCGCCCCUGUCCAUGCGGCUAUCGAAUCUGCAGGUUCUGCUGGCACCACAUCAAGGAGGAUCUCAACAGGCGCUGCCCAGGCUGUCGCAAGGAAUACGAUGAUAGCGUGGUCGAAUUUAAGCCGAUGAAACCGGAGGAGUUGAAGCGUCUGCAGCAGGCCAAGAAACAGCGCGACAAGGAGCGCAAAGAUCAAGAGCUCGUCAACCGAAAGCAUCUCGCCAACGUCCGAGUCAAACAGAAGAACCAGGUCCACGUCCAGGGGCUCACGACCAAGGUUGCUAACGAAGACACCUUGGCCCAGUUAAAGACUAGCGAUCUGUUCUCCUCAUACGGCCGAAUCCAGAAAAUGUUCAUGUCCAGGCGGACGGGCACGACGAGCCUCUACACCCCAGAUGCAAGAUACCAGCACGUGAACCUCUACAUCAACUUCUCCCGGAACAACGAGGCUCUUGCCUGUAUCCACGGUGUCGAUGGCGUGACCCUGCCCGAUGGUCAUCGGCUGAAAGCCACCCUGGGCAGUACCAAGUAUUGCGCCUCCUUCCUAAGGGGGCUCAAAUGCACGAACGACAACUGCACGGGCGCACACGAACUGGCCGAGGAGGUCGAAGGAGGAGGGACAACGGCCAGAGAAGAAAUGUCCACCGCUCGACAUGCCCAGAAAGAAAGCGAAACUCGCUAUCCCGCCCGGGCCAACCUCCACCACCAAACACACCCCUCCACCUCCAACUCGGCUCAUCCCAACUCAUCUGGCGUCGCACUACCUGCCACCGCAUCCUGGGCGACCAAGUCCGCCUCGAUCAGUCAGCCUGCCUCUCCAGCCCCAGCCCCAGCGCACCCUCUCGCCCACCAUUCCGGAACACCCAACGGCACUACUUCGGUCUCCCGUCCAUUCUCCAAACCUCCCAGUAUCCCUCCGCCCAAAUCUACCCAUCCACUCCCUCCCAAGCCCCGGCCGAGCAACUCUUCUGAAGAUGUCACCGCCCGCCCUGGCGAUCCAUCCACUACUCACUUGGCCCCCAGCAAGAACAACGAAGGCACAACAACAGCUAACAAGCCUUCAUCCCAGGCCUCCCAAUCGCUUGCGCCUCAGCAACAAAAGGAACGGAUCUCACAACAGGCCGAGCCAGCACCAGGUCCCAGCGCCUCCAUACCCACGGGUCCAGGCCCAAGUACAUCGGCUGUCGCGUCUAAUGCUGUGUCGAGUAGCUCUCUACCCCCAGGCUUACUUCCCCCAGGUUUGACCCCGCCGAGGAUCGACAACGCUAGCCGAUCGACUCCCUCGUUGCCUCCUGGAUUGUCACUCCCAUCCAACGAUUCCAGCUCAAACUCGUAUCAAAACUCCUUCGAUCUCCUCGGCUCACUCGGCCUCAAACGCGCAGAGAAGUCGUGGAUCGAUCCGCUCUCAGACGAUCUCAACAAUGUACUAUCAACCUUCUCGCCCAACUUUGGCGAUUCUCGGCUCUCGAUCUUCCCCAAUAACAACGACAGUCCGUUCGAAGCCUCACGCGCCUUCGGACCCUCAGGCUACUCGGGCACAUUCAAUCCGUUUGCAGACACCGAUUUUCCCUCGACAAAGGAUGAUGGAUCGGUGUUUGGUAUGCAAGCAGAUCUAUCGACGCCACGCGCCGAGAGCUCGUUGAACGAUCGGCGAGGAUCCCGGUUUGGAUUCGCACGACGAGACUCGUCUGGCUCGGUGUUCGUGCCCCCCGGGAUCGCGUCGUCGCCCCUCCGAAGCAUCUUCUCGCACCAGAACAACGAGUCCGAUAAUAGUCCGACAGCCUUACAGACCCAGCUCCAACGACUCGGGAGAGCGCCCCCGAUGGGCUCCUCGCGUCCACAAGACUUGGCCGGCAGCCAUCAUCUGGGCAAUAACCCGGGCGGCGAGAGCACACCCGAUGCGUCAGUGCUGUUCCCGGGGGUCAACCUUGCGGCCUCGUACUCGGCCAACGCGCUCCCGGCGGCCAUUGCCCGGGGGGUGCGGUCUCCAGGAGGCAACGUGGGUCUGCAGGCGAUCGACGGCCAACAGGUGGGUUCUUUCCAGCAACACCUCUCAGGGGUCCAUGGGCGGGACGGAGUGGGCCACAACCGGAUGAACGACCGACUGGCAUUCGUGAACCGCCAGGCGGCUUUAAGCCCGACCUCGUUCGGCCACCUGCAUGCCCCGGGCCACCACGAGCAGCAACAACACCUCAACGGGGCCGUCCAUGGCGCCCGCGAGCGACGGAUGGAUCUUGCGGGGGUCGGCGCCGGGUUCGGGCCCUAUGGCCAGACGGGCGCCGCCGACCUCGGCUCCGAGUUCAACGACCCGGCCAUCGUCAACAUCCGCAUGGCCAACAACGCCCAACAAGCAGGCGGCUUCCUGGCCAUGGCCCAAGCCGGCCCCGUCGACCAAUCCGGCCUCCAAGCCCUCACCUCCACCAACAACACCGACAUCCAUCCCCCCUUCUCCCUCCCUAAUAACUUCAACCAUCUCCUCGCCGCUCGCAAUAACCCUAAUCCUGCGGCUGCUGCUCCCAACGCUUACCGCCCUACCCUUAAUCAGAGUAACGAGGGCCAGGUCCAGAACCAGUUCGGCUUCCAGAACCCCAUCCUCGCCCAGAACUCGGGCGGACAGACUUUCUAUCAUCACGCGGCUGCUAAUCCGGGCGCGGUCGUCGGCACUGGACAGGCUGGAUUGAUGGGCCGAUGGUGA